UUUGCACCCCGUCUCCAUCCGCAAGCAAAGCCAGAUCGUCCCUUCAGUCCGAUAAGUCAAGCUGAAGCAUGUGCAAGGUUAUCAACACGGUCCAGUCGCUCGCCUGGCUGCGCCGUGCCGUGCGACGGUGGUGCUCCCGCGCGUCGGCCUCAGUGCGGCCCAACAAGAACAUGCUGGAAGCCGCGGUGCCGGCGGGGCACGUGGCGGUGCGCGUGGAGGGCCGCGGCGACGGGGAGUCGUCGUCGAGGCGGUUCGUUGUGCCGGUGGCGCAGCUCAGCCACCCGGCGUUCCGGGAGCUCCUCCAGCAGGCGGAGGAGGAGUACGGUUUCCCGUCGGCCUCCGGCCCCCUAGCGCUCCCCUGCGACGAGGACCACCUCCGCGACGUCCUCCGCCGCGUCUCGUCCUCCGACUCCGAGGAGCGUGGCUGCUUCCGCCGCCGCGGUGCCAUGGCCGCGCCGCACGAUGACUCGCGGCCGCUGCUGCAGGGGGUGGCCGCGGAGAAGCUCGUCUCGUGACUCGUGAUCGAUCAUUCGUUCGUACACCUCUGUACAUUGCACAAGCGGGAUAGCCGUGUCCAUUUGGAGAGCGAAGUAGUAUUGCACCGGCACCAUGGUGCCCUUUAUUUUGAAAAUAAAAAUAAAAACAUAUUUAGAAGUUUUAAAGUAAUUUGAAGAAAAUUCUGUGAAACUUGCAUGUGUUCACUAUGGAUCCAUAAGAUUUUGAUUUAAAAAAAAAAUUAUAAGCUGUACAAAAAGAAAACAAAAUUUCAUCCCCAAAAAAUAGGCCCAUUAAAAACUACA